GAAAGGAGAAAUAUGCAAGGCGGAGAAGAGCUAAGCAUCGAUGAACUCGCCUCCAAUCUCUCCACUUACAAGGAUCAGCUUCAACAGGAAAUAGGUGGACUAAACAUGGGAUACUUAGAGUGCCAAAAAAGGUCAGAAAGCUUUUGGUUGAUGACCCAGGGAACUCUGAAUAUGUGGACAUGGAAAAGGAGCUUGAAGAGGACUCAUUUUGUUGCUCAAAAAGAAGCAGCGUUAAUGGCUGAGAAAAUUUCUGUGGAGGAUUGUUGUGAUUUUUGGUUGAAAAGGUGUGCUAUGUGUCGUGAUGGCCAGCCUGCUUCUCUCUCCCCCUGAUUUCAGAUGUUCACACUGAGAUUAGAAGUGAUUGUGUUAACGGAAGAACUCUUGGCAACUGCAAAGCAAAGUGAGAUAUCUCUACCAGCAUUUGGGACAAAUGCUGAUGCAUCUCCCAUUCAGCACCAGUCUGGGGGAAGCUCUGAGCAUUUAAUGGAGCCAGGAAACAACUCUGAUCAUUACGGAAAAUUCCCUAUUGGCACAAAAGUUCAAGCAGUUUGGAGUGAAGAUGGGGAAUGGUAUGAAGCAACAAUCGAUUCCUUGACCCCAGAUGGGUAUUAUGUUUCCUAUGAUGGAUGGGGGAAUAAAGAAGAGGUGGAUCCUGGCAAUGUAAGGCCAAUUCAAGAAGAAGUAAACGCUUUGCUGGAAGCAGAGAAGGAAGCAGAAGCUACAAAACAGGCAAUCAAAAGGAAGAUUGCACAGGCUGCUGCCACUGACUUCCAAUCACGAAGUUUACCAGCAAAGCUUCGUAUAGAACCUGAUGAUCCUGAAGAUGUGAAAAUUGCUAAGCGCAAAAAGAUACAUGCUUUUAAGUCGAAGAUGCGGUUUGAGCAACUUGAAGUCACACAGAAUAAGCGGCAGAAUGCUUGGCAGCAGUUCCAGACAACCAAAGGAAGGGCUAAAAAGAUUGGUUUCUUUUCGGGCCGCAAGCGAGAAAGCAUCUUCAAGUCUCCUGAUGAUCCAAACGGCAAGGUUGGUGUGACUGGAAGCGGGAAAGGAUUGACAGAGUUUCAGAAAAGGGAAAAGCACUUGCAUCUCAAGGGAGGAAGCGCUGAUACUGACGAUUAAAGAUUGGGACCCCUUUCCUGUAUGUUAAUUGUAUGUUACUUCUUCAGUCUUGCCCAUUGCCAACCAGUUCAACAUAGAGAGAGUUUAGAGAACACAAAAGUACAUGGUUCCCGAGGAUUUUAUCUUACUGAACAGAUGCUUUAAUCUUAACAACACUUCCAAUUCUUACUAUGAAGGCCCUUGUUCUUUUGAUUUCUCUUCA